CCAACCGUUCCACCUCGGAUGCCCACAGAAAAGGCGCGUGAUUUAUGGACAUUUAAGUAACAUUUUGUCUGAAGUUUUGCAUGUUAACUACACUUUUUAAUUAACACAACUCGAUUUAAAAAUGAGGGAGAUCGUUCAUUUGCAGGCCGGUCAGUGUGGAAAUCAGAUCGGCGCUAAGUUCUGGGAGGUGAUCAGCGACGAACAUGGAAUAGACCCCACUGGCACCUACCAUGGAGAUAGUGAUUUGCAGCUUGAGAGAAUUAAUGUGUAUUACAAUGAGGCAACAGGUGGUAAGUAUGUCCCUCGUGCCAUUCUGGUUGAUCUGGAGCCUGGAACCAUGGACUCAGUUCGCUCUGGGCCCUUCGGACAAAUUUUCAGACCAGACAACUUUGUCUUUGGACAGAGUGGUGCUGGUAACAACUGGGCCAAAGGCCAUUACACAGAGGGAGCGGAGCUUGUGGACUCCGUCCUGGACGUGGUGAGAAAGGAAGCGGAGAGCUGCGACUGCCUGCAGGGCUUCCAGCUCACCCACUCCCUUGGGGGAGGCACUGGCUCUGGCAUGGGAACCCUGUUGAUCAGCAAGAUCCGUGAGGAGUACCCCGACCGAAUCAUGAACACGUUCAGCGUGGUGCCCUCCCCGAAGGUGUCCGACACGGUGGUGGAGCCGUACAACGCCACCCUGUCCGUGCAUCAGCUGGUGGAGAACACUGACGAGACCUUUUGCAUCGACAACGAGGCGUUGUACGACAUCUGCUUCCGCACGCUCAAGCUGACCACCCCGACAUACGGCGACCUCAACCACCUGGUGUCGGCCACCAUGAGCGGGGUCACCACGUGCCUGCGCUUCCCCGGUCAGCUCAACGCCGACCUGCGCAAGCUAGCGGUCAACAUGGUCCCGUUCCCCCGUUUGCAUUUCUUCAUGCCAGGCUUCGCACCGCUGACCAGCAGAGGCAGCCAGCAGUACAGAGCCCUGACGGUGCCGGAACUCACACAGCAGAUGUUCGAUGCCAAGAACAUGAUGGCGGCCUGUGACCCGCGCCACGGCCGCUACCUCACCGUGGCUGCCAUCUUCCGCGGGCGCAUGUCCAUGAAGGAGGUGGAUGAGCAGAUGCUGAGCGUGCAGAACAAGAACAGCAGCUACUUUGUGGAAUGGAUCCCCAACAACGUGAAGACGGCCGUCUGCGACAUCCCGCCCCGCGGCCUCAAGAUGUCCGCCACCUUCAUCGGCAACAGCACGGCCAUCCAGGAGCUGUUCAAACGCAUCUCGGAGCAGUUCACCGCCAUGUUCCGCCGCAAGGCCUUCCUGCACUGGUACACCGGGGAGGGCAUGGACGAGAUGGAGUUCACCGAGGCGGAGAGCAACAUGAACGACCUAGUGUCAGAGUACCAGCAGUACCAGGACGCCACCGCAGAGGAGGAGGGGGAGUUUGAGGAGGAGGGGGAGGAGGAGCAGGCUUAAAACGGAAUGAUAACAGGGAUGUUUAAAAUGAAUUUCAACUGCAUUCUGUCCUUUCAGUUUGUGCUUUUAUUUGUUCACGGCACAAGGACAGCUGCUGUCAGUGUUUAAAUUGUAUUUGCAAUAAAACGUAUCAGCAUU